AUGGCUAAAUCAAAAAAUUCACACAUCACGCCUUACAAUCGCUGGGUCAUUAUUCUGACGGGAUUUGGCUCUAUUACAUACGGAUACUGUUCAUCGGUGAUCAGCUCCACCAUUGGCCAGCCAGGAUGGUAUUCCUACUUUGACCUGCCAACGCAAGGUGAGCCGGGUUACGGUGGUAAAACAACCAGCACGAUCGCAACCGCAAACGGCCUUUACAGUGCAGGCGGUGCCAUCGGCACCCUGCUGGUCAUGUGGACUGCCUCUGCCCUCGGCCGUAGGGCCAGUAUUCAGCUAGGGGCAUUUACGGCCUUGGUCGGUGGCGUCCUGCAAGGCGGCGCAGCAGCUAUAGCGUGGUUGAUCUCCCUGGACAGGCACGAAGAGGCUUUCCAAAUCAUUCGACGGCUGCGUACAACGAAAGAUGAUCCGAAUGAAAUCGCCGCCAAAGAAGAGUUCUACCAGAUUCGCGAACAGGUGCGUGUCGACAAUGCGAAGUUGAAGAGCUCCGGGCAGCCAGUGUGGAAGCUGGUCUGGACCAAGAAAAGCUACAGGAAACGCAUGAUCGUGGGGUUCUUGACGCAAUGGGGUUCUGAAUUCUCUGGGCCGCUUGUCAUUAACAACUACUCGGUGAUACUCUACACGAGCCUGGGAAUGGAGGGGUCCAUGCCUCUCCUCUUGUAUGCUCUUUGGAGUUGCACUUCAUCAUUGAUUUACAACCCCUUUGGCGCAUGGCUUCAUGACAAGGUGAACUCGCGCCGUGGCAUGCUGAUGUUCGGCACCGCUGGCUGCCUCGUAACGACCGCUUGUCUCGCAGCAAUGAUCGCCGAGUACGCCGGCACGGACAACCGUGCAGGCAACGCUGCCGGGAUCUUCUUCGUCUUUUUCUAUCUCACUUUCGAAGGCACAUUCUGCGAUACCACCAUGUACAUCUACGUCGCGGAGAUCUUCCCCACCGAAAUCCGACCUAUUGGGAUGGGCUUCUCUCUCUUCGGCCAAUUUGCCUCGACCAUCAUCCUGCUGCAGACUGCGCCGAUCGGGUUUGACCGGGUGGGCUGGAAGUAUUAUCUCGUGGUGAUCAUUUGGUGUGCCGUCUUUAUCCCCAUCAUCUACUUCUACUUCCCGGAGACUGCUCGACUGAGCCUGGAAGAGAUCGGCCAGAAGUUUGGAGACGAGGUCGCGGUUCACGUCAACGACACUACCGAAGAGAAGAGGCAGAAGCUGGACGAGUUCCUUGCCAAUACCGACGUUGUCCACCUAGGUAAGGGUGAGGGAGAGAAGACAGCGGACGUUGUCGAAGUUCGCCAGGAGGGGUCCAAGGCUGCUGAAGUCUAG